AGAUAGGCCUAGCCCACAAAACUACGUUAUGAUAAAGAACUUCUAUUAUCUCUGCAAGCAUCUCCUUCUCCGGUCACCCUCACAUUUCUGAACCGUGCCACCGUCUUCGGUGAAUCUCCACAGCAGCACACGUACCAGUUCCCGGGGUGAUACAGGCGAGGCGGCGGCGAAUCGAGGUACCUCCGACGAGGUGAUAGUGGAGAGUGAUGACCGGAAGUUCUUCUUCUUCAAAUGAAAUUCCUGAAUUUCCACCAAAUUUUAAUAUCCUUGCCAUUGAUACUGACCACAAAGUUCUUGAAUUCAUCGAGAAAUCAUGCAACGAGAAUUCUCAUAAAGCUACGAAAUGUUCUGAAUCUUCAAGUGCAGUCGAUCUUUUGCUGAAAAAAGAAAUAGACUUUCAUUUGAUUAUCAUGGAACUCCAUAUGCCAAAGAUGGAUGGCUUUGGAUUUCUGCGUUUUCUCAAUAAAGAAGUAAUUGAUGUUCCUUUCAUAAUGAUGUCUGAGGAUAACAGUGACCUAUCCCAACAGAAGGCUUUAACACUUGGAGCUUGCAAUUAUUGGGUUAAACCCUUCUUACAGUAUACGUAUUUGUUCGAGAGGAAGCGUUUGUGUUCACCUAUGAUGCGACAUCAUGUCCACUUCAGGCGCAUAAGGAAAAAUAUUGAUAGCUUGGAAGAUGAUGAAAUAAGUGAGACAAGUUAUAGUUCUGAUGGAGAAGCCGAAGCCAACGAUGAUAGUCCCCAUAAGAAAGAAUAGCCUAGUAUGAUUAACAGACUUUUGCAAAAUACAUAGUUUUGCAAAAUACAUAGUUAAGAAGAUAAAAAGCCGCUGUAGCUGAAUAAAGAGACUGAAGAAUAUAAAAUUUCUGAUACUAUUAAAAUAGUUCAUUUCUUUCAUUAAUACAUUGUUAUUCUUAGUUGAAAAUUUAUA